CCUCUUGCUUAUGACUGUCGGGACUCCCGCUUUCUGCUCUCUCUUCUUUUCCCGUUUCUUGCUUUCACCCUCGCUCUAGUCAUAAUUUUAAUGUCUAUCUCAUCCUAGCCUCACACUCGCUUCCCACCACCCAAAUCCAACCCGGAGCAAACCCAAACGCAGUCACGAUGUCUCUCGCUCAUCUCCUCGCGCGCGAACUCUCUACCUUCUCACCCACCUGCCCCUCCGGCGGGACCUGGUACGCCUGCGCAUCGGGCUCCAAAUUUGUCGGCUGCUGCACGUCCGACCCGUGCACAAACGGCUGCUCCCAAGGCAACAUCCAGCCCGUCGCCUUCAACGCCUCCGCUUACGGCACAUACCCCGACGCGAGCUGCGGCGCCUCGUCCACCUUCUACAGCUGCUUGAGCCCCGACAAUGCGACUACGUUCUGGGGAUGCUGCAAGAGCAUGCCGUGCGAUCACACUGAGUGCCCGAGUGGGGAUCUAGUGCCGGCGUUUAUGGAGCGGCCCGAGCAGUUCAAUGCGUAUGCGACGAGUGCGCCGAGUUCGACGGGGUCGGCGCCCAGUGCAACGGCGACAGGGGGAUUGGAUGCCGGAGGGAACGAGGGAACGAGCCAUACCACGGCGAUUAUUGGGGGUGCGGUGGGUGGAGGGCUGGGAGUGGCGAUUAUCAUUGCGCUGUUGAUUUUCUUCCUGUGUCGGAGGAAGAAGAAGAGCGAGGAGGGGAAGUCCAGCGGGCUUGAUCAGCCGCCGAAGGUGGAGAAGAAUGAUUAUAGGGCUUCGACGCUUACUGAGGCACCUCCCAAGUACAGCUCGCCUAAUCCGAACAUGUAUGCGCACUCGCCGUCACACCCGGCAUACUCGCAUCACUAUCAUCCAGUUGCGACGGAGCUGCAGCCGCAAGAACUUCCUGCGGAAAUGUCACCUGGGUCUCCAAGUUUGCAACCACCUCCAAACACACAACGGUACUCGGAACUCCCCGCCGAUGCCGCGGCGGCGCGCACGGCUGCAGAGCUGGAGAGCCCCGUGCCGUCACCAAAACCUGCUCAAUCGAGCUUCGCGCUGAGGAGUCCGCCAAAGAGGAGUACGGGUUUAGGGUUCUAGUCGACUGGGAUAUAGGCAAAGAGAGCUGUCGGGAAGCUGCAAUGAAUUUUCAUGUCCUUUCUUGU